AUGUCUCACAAAGCUAUCGUCUUCCCCUCUCUUGGCGCUGACCUCGAGGUGAUCUCUGUCCCAACAGCGACUCUGCUCAGUGACUACGUCCACGUUGCAGUCGAGUAUGUUGGACUUACACCUCUCGACGUCUGGCAGGGAUACCACGGCCUUUUUGCCACAUUCCCAAAUAUCCCGGGUGACACCCUAGUAGGGACAAUCGUCGCCGUUGGAGAUGCGGUGACGCACGUCGCAAAAGGCGACCGCGUCCUCGCAAUGGUCUUCGGAACCCAGGAGCAGAAAGCAGCGCAAGCGAUCGCGCAUGUCCCUGCCAACCGCGUAGGCAAAGUACCAGCCAACGUAGAUUCUGUAUCGGCGGCCACCGUUUCGAGCGGGCUGGUCAUGACCUACCAUACUCUGAUAUCCCGAGUGAAUGGCUUAGGCCUUUGGCUGUGCACCGGUCUCCCGAACGAGGACUUCGAGCCGCUCUCUACUGAGGAGCGGGACAGGCGCAUCCUCGUGUGGGGCGCCUCGAGCUCCGUGGGCCUUUACACCGUCCCGGUGUUGGCUUUCUCUGGACUUGGGGGGAGUGGGCCAAUGCUGUGCAUGGCUGGUUACGAGUCCUGA